CCGUUUAUAUCUAAAACUACGAGAAGAAGACCUCAUCACAACAAAUCCGCCUUGACUUUACCUAGAGCUUAACCAUUCAUCUAUUUCAAAUAUACCAAAAAAAUGCUUUAUUUAACCCUACUUCGAGGAUUGCAGCGGUGUGUUGGCCCGCAAUCUCUAAGAAAUGUCAAAUGUAAAGCUCAGUUUUCGGUAGAACCAGGCUGUAUGAGCAGGGGGCUGUCGAGCCCUCACCAGAGGACGGAUACCUCGUUUCUGAGGAGGUCGUUCCACUCCGGGAAUGUCAAGGUAUUUAGACAAACGCAGUGCAAACCCCUUCAACCCCUGUGUCUCUCCUCAAAAAGUCUCUGCACCGCUGCGUCGGACUACUCUGAGACAGGGAGACUUGUUUACACAGGGAGCCUUGGUAGAGCUAUAAUUGGAGUGAAGAUGUUCUCCUACACCAGCAGUGGCACCAGUCUGUGUCUAAUGCCACACGUCCUCUUCAAGACCGGGCUGGCCACACAGAGUUUGGCUGUGCAGGCGUCCUUCAUCGCGAUCAUCAGCCUCUUCACGUUCGUCACCCCCGUCCUCCUCCACCUGCUCACCAAGGGCUACGUUAUCCGACUGUACCACAACGCCGAUCAGGACACCUACACGGCCGUCACCUGCAACAUCUUCCUGAUGGAGAAGAGGACUGUGUUUAAACAGGGGGAGGUCAGCAUUCCAGCCGUCGCAAAGAUGUUCACCUCGUUCUACGCUGGCCGCAGGAGCAUGCUGGUGAACCCCGACCUCUUCCAGCUCCCCAGUGACUACAAUCAUCUGAUGGGUUAUGACCAGCCGUUCACAUUCAGUGAGGAGGACUUGGAGAGGCAUGACAAAGGCUGAGUGGGUGGGUCGGGUUCCCUGAAAAUAAUAAGGCCCUAAUUCCAAAGAACAAUCAAAUACUGUAAUAAAUCCAGAAAUGGUUUGAUCUUUG